AUGCUCAAGAUGUUUCUCAAGAUGCUCCUCGAGCCCCAGCUGAACGUCAAGGACGCCCAGGACAAGCUGGACAUGCCAACUGCAAUCGUCACAGAUUGCAAGGCCCUCUUUGACCUGAUCAAACAAGUUCAAGGACAACUGCGCUGGGUGAGCAGCGAAAGACAACUUGCUGAUGGACUCACAAAAAUCGGGUCCAGACAGCAAUUCUCAGAUGCUCGGAAGCGUGGAUGGCUUCAACUGGUGGACGAUACGUCCUACACCGCAUCCAAGAAGAAGACAGUACAGGAGCGCGAAGCUUCCAGGGUAUCAAUGACUUCAAAGAUUGCCUCUGCAACCGUGGCCUUGGUCAGCGCAGAGACGCUGAAGGGAUCCGACGUCAUUGAGGGCAACGGCUGGUGGCCGCUGGUCUAUUUCCUGACGUUUGUCUUCAUCCUGAUCAUCGACAUCGACAAGGUGGUCUGGUGGAUGACGAGAUCGAGCCCUACAUCAAGGACUACCACAACAGAGACACAGUCCCUGGAGCUACACGAGCUCACUGAGAUGAGUGAGAUGCGUCACGACAGUUACGUCCGCAAAGGCAUCGAGUGCACGGACCUCACGGAAGCCCUACAUGAAGUUCAAGGUCAACGAGAUCACUACUUCAACGCCUGGCGUGCAGAAGAACGCCAAUCCGUGACGCUGAUCGAGACCAUCCGAAAGCUGAGACUACAACAAGCUCAAGGCCGAGAUGGCAGAGAGCUGGUGGCAGCUGAGGCCUUGUUCCGCCGGAUCGGAGUUCUCGAACGAGAACGCAUUCGUCUGCUGGAAAUCCUGGAGCAGAUGCAUUUCCGGGAGUAUGUGGAUACCGAGCCUGAGGAGGAGAACAGCCCACGAAGCAGCGGCAGCUAG